AAUUGGGAUUAUCAUUAUACAGUAGAUAAAAUAGCUAGCCAUCGAAUGGAUUACAAAUGUGGUUCAGCUAAAUAUGGUCGUUGAGUUCUCUAAUCUUUGACCAUAAUUAAAUAAAGAACAAAACAUAUGUCGUAGAAUAGUGCCUUUUUUGUCUUGUUUUUUCUUGGAAAGUGAGGAGGACAAAAAAAAACGAAUUUCAACAUAUGUAUGUGAUUAUUAUUUGGUUUUUUUAUGCUUCAUUGAUUCCUUAGAUGGAUUUAUCAAAGGAUAAAUAAAGUUUUUGUUGAACAAAAUAAAAAUCUUAAAUUUUGAAAUAAAUCUCUAGAAAGUCUUCUUUAUCUUUUAAUUAGAGUGAUUCAUCUUGGUUUCAACAUUUUAAUACAGAAUUAAGUGAAGAAACAAUAUUAGCUUAUUUUUAUCAAAUAGGAAAUCCAUUUUAUAAUCGAUUGAGUUUAAAUGAACAAAUUUAUAUGAAAAGUCUUCGAAAAAUUGAAGCAAUAGUACAAUCAAAUCAAUUUAUUUUAUUGAAAUUUUUCUUUGUUUCUGAUAGUUAA